UGCAUUCAUGGAAAUGAGCCUGCAAGAAGCCGAGUGGAGCGCACAGGCUCACCGAAGUGUCAGCUGCAGCUCCACGCACCGUCCCCGGCUGCGCCAGCCUUCCCCACCAGGCUCCGCUCACUCCCGCCCCGCUGUUUGGCCGCUCGGCUUGCUUUUGUCUCCUCUGGACGCCUCCUCCCCUGCCCUUGUGUGUUGGCACACACAUGCUGUCCUUGGUCCAGCUCUCCCUGUACCCAGAGCUGGGGGAGCUCCGGGAAGCCUGGGCCUGUGGGAUCGCGGCGCAGAGCCGCCAUGGCCUCUGAUGCUGAGAGCUGCCACCCGCUGAGGCUUUGAUGUCGCUGCCAGGGCUUGCCAGGACACGGGCCGCAGGAGAGGGGAUUCGCCACCGUUCCCAGCGACCUUACUGCAGAGGAACGUCAAGAACUAGAAAACAUUCGGCGGAGGAAGCAGGAGCUGCUGGCUGACAUUCAGAGGCUGAAGGACGAGAUAGCAGAAGUUGCUAAUGAAAUUGAAAGCCUGGGAUCCACAGAGGAAAGGAAAAACAUGCAGAGGAACAAACAGGUAGCCAUGGGCAGGAAGAAAUUUAACAUGGACCCUAAAAAGGGGAUCCAGUUCUUAAUAGAGAAUGACCUACUGAAGAACACUUGUGAAGAUAUUGCCCAGUUCUUGUACAAAGGGGAAGGGCUCAACAAAACAGCUAUCGGUGACUACCUGGGGGAGAGGGACGAGUUUAACAUCCAGGUCCUUCAUGCAUUUGUGGAGUUGCAUGAGUUCACUGACCUGAACCUCGUCCAGGCCUUGAGGCAGUUCCUGUGGAGCUUCCGGCUCCCUGGAGAGGCCCAGAAGAUCGACCGGAUGAUGGAGGCUUUUGCCCAGCGGUACUGUCAGUGCAAUAGUGGGGUGUUCCAGUCCACGGAUACCUGCUACGUCCUCUCCUUUGCCAUCAUAAUGUUGAACACCAGCCUGCACAACCCCAAUGUCAAAGACAAACCCACUGUGGAGAGAUUCAUUGCCAUGAAUCGUGGCAUCAAUGAUGGGGGAGACCUGCCCGAGGAGCUGCUCCGGAAUCUGUACGAGAGCAUAAAAAAUGAACCCUUUAAAAUCCCCGAAGAUGACGGGAACGACCUCACUCACACUUUCUUCAACCCAGACCGAGAAGGCUGGCUGCUGAAACUCGGAGGUGGCAGGGUGAAGACUUGGAAGAGACGUUGGUUCAUUCUGACAGACAACUGCCUUUACUACUUUGAAUACACCACGGACAAGGAGCCCCGAGGGAUCAUCCCUCUGGAGAACCUGAGCAUCCGGGAGGUGGAGGACUCUAAAAAGCCGAACUGCUUUGAGCUAUAUAUUCCUGACAAUAAAGACCAAGUGAUCAAGGCCUGUAAGACAGAGGCCGACGGGCGCGUGGUGGAAGGGAACCACACGGUGUACCGGAUCUCGGCCCCCACACCUGAGGAGAAGGAGGAGUGGAUCAAGUGUAUCAAAGCAGCCAUCAGCAGGGACCCCUUCUAUGAGAUGCUCGCAGCACGGAAAAAGAAGGUCUCCUCCACAAAGAGACACUGAGGGUGCGCCCGGCACAUCCCGCUGGAAGCUGCAGCCCUUCUCCCACCUCCACCAGGGGUGCCAUGGAGCGGAGCGAACGGAGAGCCCUUCCACCAGACCAGGCUCCUUCCUAGAGACUAGCUUCAGCUGUCGCAGUUUUCUUGGGGAGAAGGGUGUGCAGUGAUGGCUGGGGAUGGGGAUGCCACCUGCCACCUGGGGCUCUCGAGCCCCCCUUGCGACGGAGCUCCUCACAGCAAAGCAGCCACGCAGCCACACUCCUUGGCUUGGCAAGGCUGUGGCACCAUGAGGAGUCGGCUGCUUACCUCACAGUGUUUCCCAGCCAGGGCUUGUCGUCCUGCUCCAUAGAUCGCUGUGAGGAUGUGUUACAACACACGGAGGAGAAAGGUGGAAAGGAAAAGAAGCCACGUAUAUAAAGAUUUAUUUUUGUUUUUUAAGAAGUGAACAUAGCACUGCUCCCUGCCCUGCCCUGCCCUGCCCUAUGUGGGAUGCUUCCCUUGGAGAGGCUCUGGGGCUGCUGGUGCCCUAUGAGCUGCUGCCCAUGGCCUGUGUGGGCAAGAGGAGCAAGCUGGGCAGUGGGCAGGGUGUAGCAGAUGCAGGGAGCCCUCUAGGGCAGGCAGUGGGUGGGCAGUGCGGGCAGCUCCCACUCAGCCUCCAUGGCUGCAGGACCAGGCGAGGCUUGAACUGACUGGAUACCUCUCUACCUGGCGUGCAGAACAUGGGCCCACGGGGCUUUAAAGUAGAAAGUCAGCAUUUUCCUUGAGCUAAAUACCUAAUAACCAAAACUGUGAGGAGGCCAUCCCAACGGGUCCCAGGAUGACCUAACUGUUCAUAUCUGGUUUUUCUUUCCCUCCCCUAGAGCCCACUCCUCGUUCUAGAGGAAGGGGUAGCUUUAUCUGACCCCCCUGGGGCUUCAGCCUUUUCUGUCUCAAAAGCAGACCUGGCUGGACUAUUCUGGUGCACUCUGUGGUGGCCUCCAGGGAGCAGGGGUCUUGCUCAGCAGGGUGCAGUGAGUCAGCUAGGGUGAGGUGGCCUCCACCUCCCGCCCCUGUGACAUGGCAUGCCACCGACCUGUGUGAGUCGGCCCUGGCUCCUGACUCGCGCUGUGAAGGGAGCCGCGAAGCAGCCCUCUCCUGCCGUUCUCUCAGGGACUCUCAAGGCAGCUCCUGCUCUUCCGCCAGGGCCAGCAUGCCAGUCCAGGCAGAGCAGGUGGCAGGUGACGUCUUGGCACGCCCCCUCCAUGUGGCCAGGGCCUUAGUGGCAGAACACUGCCUCCAGGCAGGUGGAGGAGCCAUGGGUCCCCUUUGGGCUGGGUUAUCUGGACCCCUCUGAUCCCAGAAGGUGAUGGGCAUCUCUGGAAAUAGCUUUGAGAGGCGCGGAGCCUCCCACGGUGGCCUCAGGCACUUUGUGCUGGAGCUUGUGAAGUACUGGUGACAGAGCAGGUCCACGCUGGAAACGAGCUUCCUGGCAGAGCCAGGCAGCGCUUGCCUGGGUCUGUGUGGUCAGGCUGGCACUGGAGCCUACAGAAGACCACCCCAUACUGGUUCUUACAGAUGUUUCCUGCACAGACGGGCACCUGGGUCAGUAUUAGUCUGUUUAUCAGAGGUGUAAAUAAUCCAUGUAUAGUUUUUCUCCUUUUAGAUUAUUUUGUAUUUGUUUAAAAAAAAGAUUUGUCAAAAUAUAAAGAAAUGGUUGAAAGUUGUCGACAGGGUUUUUAAAAAAAUUAUAAUUAUUAUUCCAAUUAUUUCUGUUUGUUUUUGCCUUGUAAACUAGCAUCCAGGAGCUGCAGCAAAUAAACUCCAAAUCCGCCCCGUU